AUGUUUCGCGCUUCGUUGCGGUCUGUUUCAGACCCUUUGCGUGGACAGGUCUGCAUUGCUUAUCUAGCUCGCAGGUCCGCGCCGGCCAGCUUGCGGCAAUUCUAUCGGACGUCUGCACCCUUGUCCCAAUUUGGGUCAGUCGACGCAUCAAAACAGGCUGUGUCGCCUUCAAGCGAUCAAUCAUCUCUAGACAACCUCUCUACAAGACAACGCAAGCGAAACCCACACCAACCAAAACAAUCGAAUGAAAAUAGGAAAAGCGGAGCGCCCCUUAUCAAAACGAGACCCUAUUCAAAACUCAAUCCACGACAAAAACGACGAUUCCGAGAGGCCAACCCGGAUUUCAAACCGCAACAGCGAGAUGCUGCUAUCGCAAAAGCCGAUGCCUCAGGGAACCCCGGGGUCCCACAACCGCAGGCGGAUCAAGAACUCCAAUCAGACCAGGCGCCUCCUAAUCAACCGGCGAGAAGCAGCACGCUUAAUUUAAAGUCCACCAGCAAUGUGGUGGAGGAAAUCCUGCGAGCAGGUCGAGUGCCAGGAAAGAAAACCAAGAAAAGCGAGUCUGCAAGUCAGACUGAGAAGAAUCAGACCGAAGGGGCUGAGAGCCAGGGCGGCGACAAGGAAACAUUGGCACAUGUUGCCAGGCACGUUCUCAACAAGGACUCCGGGUCUGUUUCAUCAACAGCAUUGCAGUUGACUGCAUUGGAUUACCCCAUGUCGCCUGUUCCAGGUGUUUCCUUUGGCCUUGACCGUGUGCUUUUCAACCCCGGUGUCUACCAUCUUCGCGAUCCUCGGUCUCGUGUUUACAAUUUUGACCCCUACCUGGGUGAAAUCAUGCCUGUCACAGAGUUCGACUUCGACACUCUUAAGCCAUACGUCACCUCUUCGAAGGAUACUAUUCUUUGUGAAAUGGCCCACAAGACCCAGAAGAAAUACUACGGGUCUUCAUCAAGCAUGACCUCGGCCCUUUCUCAUUUCCAUUAUCUUCUGUCCUCAUGGCGAACUAUCGAUACUCGCAAUGUUUCCCAGGGAUUCCCUGAGAAAUUACGCACCUUCACUCGUCUUCUUCGUGCACCGACUGCUAUGUUCGUUCAUUACAAGCCGAAAGAAGAUGUUUACGCAAUUGAUGCCGACAAAGAAUUUGACUCGGCCAACAUUCUUAUGAACCUAGGAAAGUCAAUGGAGAAGCUACUCACGCUACCAAAGGAGGAAUUCGAACGCUACCGCCGGUCCAGCGCCAACAAAAUCACUGCCGAAGAAGAAGAAGCUAUUCCAGAAUCUUAUCACUACACCGCCAUGGGUAAAUUCCUCAUGCGGUCUCAGUUGGAUGCCUAUGAUCCUCGGCUGCCAGGCACUGGCAUGUACGAUCUCAAGACCCGUGCUGUCGUUUCCAUUCGCAUGGAUGCGACAAACCACGAGAAGGGAGUCGGUUAUGAGCUCAAGGGUCGUUAUGGCACUUGGGAGUCCUACGAGCGUGAAUACUUCGAUAUGAUGCGUGCUGCCUUCCUCAAGUACUCCUUGCAGGUGCGCGUUGGCCGCAUGGAUGGAAUCUUCGUGGCUUACCACAACAUCGAGCGUAUCUUCGGAUUCCAAUACGUCAGCCUACCAGAAAUGGACCAGUCACUGCAUGGACAGCUGGACACCACACUUGGUGACUCCGAGUUCAAAAUAAGUCUGGCAUUGUGGGAGAAGAUCAUGGACAAAGCCACCGCCAAGUUCCCCCAGCAAUCCCUGCGCUUCCACUUUGAGACUCGCGAGGCCGUGAACCCCUUCAUGUACAUCUUCGCCCAGCCCGUCACGGACGAGCAAAUCCACGCCAUUCAGACCAAGAACUCAGCCGAGAUCGAAGCCCUCCAAAACAAACUUCUGGGACUCGAGAAGCUAGUAGAUAGAGUUACAGAACCUGGCGAGACGCAGGAAAUCCGCGCCACCAAAGCCGAAGCACAAGAGGUGACCGAUGAAUAUGACCCGAAUCUCUUGGCCAUGACCCUUCUUACGAAGAACUACGUCAACGGCGAACUGGUCGAACGCCCCGAGAAUUUCUCCAAGAGGGACACCUGGACCGUCGAUUACGAGAUCAACGAGCUCAACCCGAAGCAGGGCAAUGUCCUUUUGCAAAUGUGCAAGUCUCGCCGCCGCAAGGUCUUGGAUAAGGAUGAUGACGAAGCCAAUCCUGAGAAUGUCGAAUUCCUCCAUCGUUUGCGGAAGAUUAGUGAACAGGGACGUGUGUUCCGUGCCAGGGAGAAUGAGAGGGAUCGCAGAAACGGUAUCGUUGUUUACUCUGAUCCCGUUUCUCGGGAUUGA